GAGGUAGCGAGUCGAUUUUGCUGAAUAGUCGAAAACCUAUUAGCUCUGUGGCUUUCUUGUAGUUAUCCUGGGAGGUGGAUUAAUGAUUCAAGUGGAGGAUCGUGGUUUUGCUACAGCAUAUGGGUUUUGUGACACGUCGCGUCAUUUUCAAGUUUUGUUCAAGUAUGCACUGCUAUUGGAAUAAUAGCGCGUAUCUCAUCCCUGGGUUUGCCCGGGUGGUCUGAGUGUGAAUGUGUAAUGGUUACGUGAAGAGUUUUCCGUGUUUCGUUGCAGACUCCACUGGCGGGAUGAAUGGAAUCAGCCGGAUGGUGGUGACUUCCGGCCAUUGCUCUAUUGUCGCGUCUUUCCCUUCCUCAUUGCGCGCUCCCCUCAGAGCAAUGGAGAGCCGUUCCACUUCUUCCUCUGCCACCCCAACGCUGCCAAGCAACAUCGUGCAGAGUGCAAUUACCGCGAGCAAAGGUGUAACUGGUGUUGAAGCGUUUCUUGCCAGAACGGAGAUCUCAAAGCUGAGUCGCGCGCUCAAAGCUCGUUUAUCUUACGCAUCGUACAAAGCGACACACAACUUAUCUCACGUUCCUUUGCAAACACUUGAGGACAGUCAACUCACUACCGCCUCAAGUCGCCAGACACUUCAUGAAUCUUCUCAAACAAGCUUACGUACGAGACGCGAGUCCGCCUCCUCAUCGGGCGCUAGGAGUCCCCGCCGUCGCUCGCUAAGCAAUAAUAGCAUAAGCAUGCCACCACCCCCAGCACCCACCUCUUUGUAUUCUGCUCUUCUUGGCGGUGCGGAUACUGACAGCAGUCAUAACACACGCUCCGCAAAGCGUGCUCGGCACAUGCAGACCGGGAGCACAGCAUCCACCAGUAGCGCAGUAUCAACGAAACCAUCCACCCGCGCGUCGCGUGCCUCCUCGCGUCGGAGACGUGCUCGUGCCACUAGUCCCGGUGGUAGGUCCAUCGGAAGCACGACCUCUGUCCCCACUGACGGUGGUGACGUUGACAUGGUCGAUGCUACAACGGAGAUCGAAGACAUGACGGCCGCGGCUGCACUUACAUCUAUGCUCCACCAAUCGACGGGCGGGAGUUCUGGUGGCAUGCCUUCCGUCCCGCAUUCACCAGCGCCAUCGCACGCCUCCUCAUUUGACCAUGAAGGACUCCCACGCGCUCCUAUUUCAUCCUCUCGUGAACGAGGCAGACAUUCGCGGUAUCCAUCCAAUGCAUCAGACUCUGCAAUGCUAUCCCCCCCGUUGUUUGCCGUUGGUCAGGCUAAAUCUUCUAGCACAACCCCUAAAGGGCCUUCAGAUGCCGACGCUGCCGAACUCAUGCUGUUCCUCGCCACAUCUCCGUCUCCCGCGCGUCCUAGCGUGUCUUCACGCCCCCCAGGAGCUGCUGCUAAGGCUGGGCGCGUGUUAUUCCCUGUCACUUCUAAUGAAGAGGCCGAAAGUGGUUCCAAAUCAUUGCUGCCAGCUCCCCCAAUAAAUUUAUCUUCCACGAGCCUAAACAACAAUAACCCAGAACAGAUUGCGCCUCCCAUGAAUAACGACCAGCAGGAGGUGAUCAGCACUGCUGCCCUUCUUCCACCUCCACCCUCUCCUACUCGUUUCUCUGGAUCGCAGGAGACGCGUGUUGAUACUUGUGAAGAAGACGCAACUGGAGGCAGUCAGUCCACGCUCUAUGACGGUGUGAGCACAGGAGAAACUGAAAAAUUGAAUUCAGGCCUACCAUCCCCUCUGAGCACAUCCUACCGUGGGAGCCGUGCAUCGUUUCCGUAUGGCAUGGAGACACCAGGAAUUGCCCCACCACCGAAUUUCACACAACCUAUUCCUUCCAGUAACAGUGACUGUGCUCCUUCCACACAUUUCCUCUAUCCGGACCCCGAUAUGCCGCAGAGUGGUUUGGUAGAAAGCCACAUGAGUUUUUCGGAAUAUUUCAGCGUAUCCCCCGCGUCAUCUACGUGGGCAAUGACCCCCAAUGCCCAUACCUUCCCUCGGACUACUGGUCAAGGCGGCGCUGCUGCGGCUGUUGGGAGAAGGCUCUUCCAGGAUGAGGAAGAACCAUCUGCGCCGUCAUCGGAAGGACAAGGAUCUCAGGGACAGAUGGCGCUUCUAUUCCCCUCCCGUCCUGCAAAUAAGGGUGGGACAGGUAAGAACGAUGGACAACAUCAUGGGGCAGAUCUUGUGGGCGUAGGCAGUAAUUUUUGAGAUUUUCUUGUACCAAAUUUUAGCAUUAUUCUUUUAAUAUGGAUUUGUUGUAACACCGUGAAACAGGUCUUGUCUCGUACGUCAGCUUGCAUCGUCCACAUUGGCUAAACGCCUUGUAUCACCACUACAUGCCAUCCGAUUUGUUGUUCGAAACUACAUCCCCUGAUAACUUAACUCCACUCGUGCGCGAUUAAAACACCAUUCAUCACGGCUGUGUCGAUUCUGAUCGACCCGUCAAUUUGGCCAUUCUGUGGGAGCGACUGACCAAGAAUGCACACGGCUAGCUCGGUCCUCUACAAAUCGUAAUUCCCACAUCACUUUCUUAUGACCGUUAUAUCUUCUGUUUGUCCGUUCACCGGCCUAACCAACUGAAUUUCGUUCUUAU